AUGACUCCAGCUCACGAUGGGGGGCUCUCGAAGCCAGUGGUUCUGAGAGUGAUCCAGCUCUUCUUCGCCUUCGCCUGCUUCGCAUUCUCGAUUCUGAGCUCCGUCUGUGUCCGCGGCCCAAGUGCCUUGAUAAUCGCGAUCUUCGGCUCUGCUAUCGCCAUGAUCGAUGCCAGUUUCGGUUGGCACGCAAUCACGAGCCGGACCGCCAAUAAGAGAAACACAAUUCUCGCAUUGGAUUAUGCCGGUCUUCUAGGGUUGGUCGCUGCCACGAUUACCUUUAUCUGUGGCUUCGCUAUCGGUAACGACAAGGCGGUUGUCGUGUUUGAAGCCCCAGGUACCGCUGCUGGUCUAGUGAGCAUGAUUGUGCUCAUGUGGCAGAUCACAUGGCUUGCUCCUGCCACCACGAAACAGAAGGAUGGACUCGUCAGGUACACCAAGAGACAAGGCAGGAUGCAGGAUGGCGAGCUUGAGCAACUUUGA